AUGGCCACGGAAACUCUCCCCAAGCAUCUUGCAGAACCGAUUGAUGUUCUUAUGAUCGACAACUUCGACUCAUUUACCUGGAAUCUCUAUCAACAACUGUGUCUGCACGGUGCAGGGGUCACUGUCAUCCGAAACGGUGCCAUUUCACCCUUGCAAUUCCCUCGGCUUAGGAUACGGUCGCUCGUUAUUUCACCUGGCCCUGGUCACCCUCAAACCGACUCAGGUAUUUCAAGAGCUGCAAUCGAAUAUUUCCAAGGGAAAGUUCCCGUCCUCGGUGUCUGCAUGGGGUUGGAGUGCCUGGUUGACCUUUAUGGUGGAAAAAUUGGAUAUGCAGGCGAAAUCAUGCACGGCAAAGUCAGUCGUAUACGACACGACAAUCGUGGUUGUUUUAGGGAUAUCCCUCAAGGCAUCAAAUCGAUUCGAUAUCAUUCAUUGAGCGCCGCACACACGACACUACCCGCUGAACUUGCGAUCACCGCUGCCACUGAGGAGUCCGGUGUAAUCAUGGGGGUCCGACAUCGAAAGUAUACCGUCGAAGCCGUACAAUAUCAUCCAGAAAGUAUCCUCAGUGAUGGAGGCAAUGAUCUCAUCCGCAAUUUCCUCUUAUUACGCGGAGGGCUUUGGGAAGAUAACCCAGAGGCCAGAGUACUCGACAACACACUUCCGCCAUUCCCAUAUGAGGCGCUCCCCAAGGAAAUAAGCUCGAAGCCAGGAGCUACGACCAAAAUUCCUUCAAUCUUGGAGAAGAUCUACACGCAGAGACUGGCCGACGUUGCGCAAGCACAAAGCACCCCGGGCACAACACUGACUGACCUAGAAACACUUCUGUCCCUCAACAUUGCGCCACCACUCAUCCCAUUUGUAUCUCGGAUAAAGCAGACAGCACCCGGACAUCCGUCUCUCUUCGCAGAAAUCAAGAGAGCGUCCCCUUCGAAAGGCCCUAUCUCUGUCAACACGUCUCCGGCAGCUCAGGCGCUUACCUACGCGCUUUCGGGCGCGCACACAAUCUCCGUGUUGACCGAACCGAAAUGGUUCCUGGGCUCGUUGCAAGACAUGCUGCAUGCUCGCCUUAGUGUCGCACACCUCCCCAACCGACCCGCCAUCCUCCGAAAGGACUUCAUUCUAAGCCGGUAUCAGGUUUUGGAAUCAAGAUUAUGGGGAGCAGACACCAUCCUUUUGAUCGUGAGCAUGCUCCCCGAAGCAUUGCUUCACGAUCUGUACGCCUUCAGUCUGGAACUGGGCAUGGAGCCGUUGGUAGAAGUUAACAACGCGAAGGAGAUGCAAAUCGCACUUUCAUUGCCGGCGAAAGUGAUUGGCGUCAACAAUAGGAACCUGCACGACUUCGAAGUUGAUAUGAAAACCACCAGUAGACUGAGCGACAUGGUGGCUGGCAAAGACGUGAUACUGUGCGCAUUGAGCGGAAUUGCCGGUCCCGAAGACGUGCAGAAAUACGCGUCUGAGGGCGUCGGCGCGGUGCUGAUUGGGGAGAGCUUAAUGCGCGCGAAGGACACGGCCGCAUUCAUCCGCGAGCUGUUCUCUAUCCCUGCUCCCAACCCCAUCUCACCCAAGUGGAAUUCCCACCCUCCUCUGGUCAAGAUAUGUGGCAUCAGAAACAAAGAAGAGGCGCUGGCCAUCGCGGACGCAGGCGCUGACAUGCUCGGCCUGAUGUUCGUCGAAAGCUCGCAGCGCGCGAUCGACAUCAACACCGCGAAGGAGAUCUCUCAAGCUGUCCGAAACCAGCGCUUCGACGCCGAACCUACCGAGUCCGAGCCUUCCACUCCAGAGGACACCAACGUCCCGUGGUUGUCUGCGCACGCCACGCGCCUCUCACUGUCUGCGCCACACACCCGCCCGCUCCUCGUCGGCGUCUUCCAAGACGCACCACUUGAAAAGGUUCUGCAGAUGGUUGCCGACGUCCAGCUCGACGUUGUCCAACUGCACGGAUCAGAACCGGUCGAAUUCGCUCACCACAUCCCCGUGCCCGUCAUCCGCGUGUUCCACCUCGGCACCGCGGAUAAGGAGCGUGGGGUUGUCCCGAACAUCACGCGCGGUGGCGCGCAUCACUUUGUCUUGCUCGAUAGCCUAAGAGAUGACGGAGUGAGCGGCGGCUCGGGCAAGGCGGUCGACUGGGAGCUGGCGAAGAAGAUUGUAGAAGACGGAGAGAUCCUCUAUGACACCGUCUCUGCUGAGAAGGAGAAAAAGAGCGAGGCAGGUGCACCUCAGCCUAAUGGCUCGGGGGGUCAUGCGACAAACGGAGAUGCUCCCAUCGAGCUUGCGGAUGGCGUCGCGCCACCCAAACAGACCGCAUUCCCGCUGCCCAUCAUACUCGCUGGUGGUUUGACGCCUGACAACGUCUCCGCUGCCAUCGCUCAGGUACAUCCCUGGGCACUCGACGUCAGUGGCGGGGUAGAGAACACCGACGGAUGUGGCAAGGACCUGGAGAAGGUCAGGAAGUUCAUUAACAAUGCCAAGGGUGUCGUACCCUCUGAUUCGGAGGACGAAGAGAGCGGAAUAGAGGAGAAUGUUCAGUCCGAUGAGGACGAAGAAGUCGAAGAAGGAAAUCAGGAAAAUCAAUGA